GAGAUCGAUUGUCAGCCACAUCUUUGUGACGUCAGAGACCGAGUCAGUCUUUGCCGGGCUUCGACGUGGAAAACUUCGUUGUUGGUGGUUUGUGGCUAUGGAAAUGCCACUCAGACAAUUGUCGAUGACUACAACCCUCGACUGGACAUAGCAGAGCAGGCUCCUCUGGGGCCAAACCAGCUCCCAGAUCAGGAAAUAACAUCCGCAUAAUGGACGACGGAGGAUUCCGGGAGGAAAUCCCGGUUCCCUCAUUGCGACAGCCCAAGUACUGUUUCAAAACCCUGCAAGAUUUGAUUCCAGCUCGGCUAGUGCUCUAUCUAUUGUCGUUCACCGGUUUCUUAGUUAGCUUUAUGAUGAGAACCGACAUCAACAUUGCAAUAGUGGCCAUGGUCAAGCUGCCACCUCCCAUUCCAGCUGAGCUGCUCAACAAGACUGAAGAGCCUCUCAUAUGCUACACGCCUCCCGCACCCAACUCAACCGAAGACAGUGACGCUAACAACACAUCGCUGGAAGAAGGGCAAUUUGACUGGAAUCCAACCAUACAAUCAACAAUUUUGGGAUCGUUCUACUGGUGUUACAUACUGUCUCAAGUAAUUGGUGGAGUUUUAACGCAAAAGUUUGGAACAAAAGCAGUUUUCGGAUUUUCUCAGCUAUUGACUGCCAUCUGCUCUCUCCUCAUUCCUCAAGCUGCAGUAUUCCAUUACUCCGCUCUUAUUUUUCUCCGUUCUAUCCAAGGAAUUGCUUCAGGACUAACUUGGCCAGCGAUGUACGCCAUUGUUGGUCAUUGGAUUCCGGCCAUUGAGAGAAGUCGAUUCAUGUCCUCAUUCCAAGGGUUCAGCUUUGGUAUCGGCUUGACGUACCCGCUGUGUGGCUUUCUGAUCGCGCGCUACGGCUGGCCGAUAGUGUUCUACACGACGGGCUCGAUCGGCCUGUGUUGGUGUGUGUUUUGGUGGCUGCUGGCCUAUGACGCACCCGACAAGCACCCGCGCAUCUCCAUGAAGGAGCUCUCCUACAUCCAGUCCAAUGUCGGCAACACCAUGGUGGGCAGCAAGGGCAUGCGCGUGCCGUGGUGGUCCAUUAUGACGUCACUACCUGCCUGGGCCAUUGGCAUCACCACGUUUGGUCGCAUCUGGGUGCACUACACCUUCAUCAUUCCCGGCCCGCUCUACAUGAAAACUGUCCUCGGCUUCAGCAUCCAAAAGAACGGUGUGAUGAGCGGCCUGCCCUUCCUCUGCAGCUACCUGUCGUCGGUGGUGUUCUGUCUGCUGGCCGACUACCUCGUCAACCACAACCUCAUCGGGCUCACCAAUGUGCGCAAGCUCUUCACUGCUGUCUCUCAAGUGAUACCGGGAAUAUUGGUGCUGAUAAUCGGCUACUUGGGUUGCGACAUCGUCUCCGUGCUGGUGCUGUGGUUCCUAGCCGUUACACUCAUCACUGCGUCUUAUGGAGGAGCCAUGGCCAAUGUUGUUGAUAUUGGACCCAAUCUCGCUGGUCCCAUUCUGGCAUUUGCGCAAACAAUCCACAUGACAGCUAGCUUCCUCUCGCCCCUUGUGGCUGGAAUUUUCCUCCAAGAAAAUACCUCGUUGGAGCAAUGGCGGAAGGUGUUCGCAGUGACUGCCAUGAUAUCAGUGGGCACGUACUUCUUCUAUCAGGCGUUUGGAACAGCGGAGGUGCAGAGCUGGAACUAUCCAGACGGCAACAUUCCUCCGCCUCACACUGAAAGUGAUCUGCAUCCGCUCAAAUCAAAGGAGAAUGGCAAAAAGGACGACAAAGAAGAUCCGGCUGAAGAAUAAACACAACCUGUAUAUUUUCAACUAAGUAUUUUAUUUGUCGAUUAAAUCACAAAGGUCGUCUUACUAGAUCUUUGACAAUUAAGAUCUCAAUUACUUACACUGUAUGAUUCGUGAUUAUAGAGUAUAUUUGCUUCAGUAUUCAAAAAUUAAAAUAGAAUAUAUUUAUUAUAAGUACUUGGGUUUUAUAAAAAAAAUUGAAAGUGUUGAUGGUGUUUUAUUAUUAUGAUACUAGUUAAAAAGACAUCAAAAUGAUGAUAAUUUUGUUUUAGGGUCAAUCAGCCUGUUUGAAUGAUUUACAUUGCCCUCAUGACACUGGAAAGUAGUUGAGCAAUUUUCUAUUAUUUUUACUCAUCUUGUUAUUUUUUAAUAAAAUUAAGUGAAGUUAUCCACUGAGGAAAAUAUUACAAAGCAUCUAGGUGAUAUGAACAGCUCUUACUAUCAAAAUAUUAAUACAUCUGCGCGAUGCUAUUACUGUGAUUUCUGGUAUUUCGAUAAGUAGGAGAUAAUCAAAAUAAUGCUAUUGUAAAUUUUAGAGAUAGAUUAAGAAUUGAUUGUAUUAGCCUUCCUGAACUUUAUUAUGAAAGGCAAUAUGUUUUAUGCCUUGAUAUAUAGGCUAUUUUUCUAAUAGUGGGUUAGAUGUUUGUGCACAAUACUAUAAAGUAUUAAAUAAGCGUAUUUUUAACAGAAUGCUUCAUCAUUUCAAAUGAACAAUUCCAUUGUUAAAAGAAUGAAUAGUAUCUAGACUUUAUCAUUUCCAUAUGAUUUGUGAACAGGGUACAGAAUUUUCUUUUUAGUAAAUAAUGUUAUUUUAGUGAUGCGGUUCUUCGGAGAUCACUAAUCAUCUUAUUUGAGUCCAACAUUUUAUUCUAUACUAAUCUAUCUAUAAUCAAACUAAUAUUGAUAAUUAUUAUUAUAUUGUGGCGUAAUUUUUUAGUGAUCACGCAUAUUUGCGGGUCUUUGCAUUCUGCUCUAAUAAGUUAAUUUUAUCCUGAUAGUUCAAGCUGUAAUUCACCGCAUGCUUUUAAUAGCAAGUCUUAUUUUUUAGGAGAAACUGUCUAUGAAAGUAUUUCCAUGUUACCGUACCCACAUCGCAGGAAAUAAAGAAUCAUUGUUGAAUUCAUCUACUAUUAUUGGUACUGUAGGUGUUGAGUUGAUUUGAUAACCGUUCAAGCUGUUUCUGCUCGAUUUCAUUUCCUCUUGAAAUAAACUUACUCGUACACUAGGAAUAUCGGAAUAAACAAUUUUUCUCUUCUGACAAUAUUUUCACAAGACAUUAUACUAUUAUACUGUAGUUUAGAAUUGUAAUAACACAAUGUAAUAGAAUGCUAUUGCUAUGAUAUCAACAGUGUAAAAAACAAAAUACCUUUCCAGUAACACAAUAAAAUAUUUGAGAAACAUUUGUCAGUAUGUAAACCAUAAAAAAUAUAUUUUAGAAUGAAGAAUCAAAGUAAUGUUCUCAAAAGUAAUUAGCAUAAUUAUGGAAGAUUACUAUAAAUUACGGUACUUAGUAGACGAAUUAUUGAAUAUAGACUUGAGCUUUAAAGCCGUGUUUUGUAGAUUAUUCUAAGGUAAUUAGAAUGCAUGUACGGUAUUCGUAUUCCAAUUACCUUGGUUUAUUUGAACUGUAUAUGCUAACUGUAAAUUAAUUUUUCAUAUGGUGAACAUUGAUUUGUUACUCUAUAAUAUGAUAUUUAUUGUUGAAUUGAGAAGGAAUGGUUACGGCAAUAGAAAUACUUCUCUCUUGGUCCUCGGAUUUUAACAUGUUAGACUUCAGUAUUUGAAGAUCGCUUAAUCUGGAGCAUUUACAAAAAUGUUCAUUGUGAAAAACAUGGAGCUCGUAAAUCUUGGAAUAGGAAAAUUCAAAAUUGAACACUCACUAACUUAAAUAAUACAUUCAAAACAUUCUGUCACAUUCACUAUUGUCUCCAAAAAUGUCCUAUUAAAUUGAAUUACAUUCCAUCUACAUAAUAAACGUUUUAUCAUGAAAUUACUGUUAUAUUCCGUACAAAAUAGUUUUUUAAUUUAUCUUUUACUUUUUUCUCAUUACUAUACAGAAAUACAGUACGGUCGUUUCUUAAAAUUGUAUGAAAAAUAUGAUAAGUCUAAUAUGUGUGUUUGAUCCCAUAUUGGAAAGCAUUUUCAAGUGAAGAAUUUUGUUAUCCAAUACCGGUAAUUAUCUUUAAGCUGUUGACCUAUUUAUCAUCCAGCUUUACACAUAUUUUACAAAUGUUGUGUUAAAAUCUCAUCCAAAACCAUAAUUUUGGAACUAGGAGUUUACUUUUUGCUUGGAUUCAGCAGUAAGAAAAUCAUCAUUAACUUAAUAGUUUAUCUGGAUACCAAUAGGCCUAUAGCCUGUUUUCAAACGUAAUAAUAUAUUCAGCUUUUAAUGGAGUGAGAAGCUACUUGGAUUGGAAAAAAUAUAGUUUUGCUGUAUGUUAUGUGUGGUCCAUUCACAUUCUAUAAUCCAACAUUAUCUGAUUAUAUUUUAUCCUAAAUAAUUAAUAUUUACACCAUUCAGAAAUGUUAUAAGUAUACAUAUUCAAAUAUGUAAAUUAUAUAGUAAUUGAUAUGGAAUUACAUAACUAAGAGUUCUUUAUUUUAUUAGAAUAGUGAUUGAUAAUACUAGACAAUAUAUAAAAACGUUUUAUCCUCAGGAUGAUUGUUAAACUUUAUCAAUGAUAUUUGUAUACUACAUAUAUAUAUAACAAUAAACAAAUAUUUUUAUA